CCCAAACAAACCCCUUCAACAAGAAACAAUUAUCCAUUUUUUAAAUUUAAAAUAAAAUAAAUUAACAGUACUAUAUAUAAAACCCUUUCGUGCUUCACACACUGAACUUCCACACAAGAGUUGAAAAAAAUCUUCGUGUUCGUGCUUCAUCCUCUUUCUCUGGGUUCCACUGUGCCGAUGACUUUUCUUAUCACAACGGGAUCAUCAUCGUCGUCGUUCAUUGCUGGUUCCCACUCCCAGUGCCAGUGCCAUCAUUUUCUCUUCAUGAACCGUCGCAGGCUUUGGAAUAUCUUCUUCCGCCAUUGGACUUGAUCAUCAUCACGUUUCUUCUUCAUUGUUAGGGUUAUAAUCAAUCAACUCUGUUAUUAAGUUAUUUUUUUUUUAUUUUGUCUUUUUAUUUCAAGGUUAGUUUUAGUUAUUUUUAAUUGUUGUUGCGCUUUUGGACCAGAGUUUGUUUUGUUGGAUUGGGGGUUUAGUUUAAGGUUGUUAGUUUCUGAAACACUUUCUGUUUGGGUUUUGUUUUUUCUUUUUGAUUUUUCGAUGGCCGAAACAAAAUUGAUUCCAGGGUUUCGGUUUCAUCCCACUGAUGUUGAGCUGGUUAUGUAUUUUCUCAAGAGGAAGAUUAUUGGCAGGAAGUUCCCUUUUGAUGUCAUUGCUGAACUUGACAUUUACAAGUAUGCUCCAUGGGAUCUCCCAGAUAAAUCUUUGCUCAAAAGUGGGGAUUUGAAAUGGUACUUCUUUAGCCCUGUAGGGAAGAAAUAUUGCACUGGAGGGAGGAUGAAUCGAGCGACGGAAAUUGGGUACUGGAAGACUACAGGGAAGGAUAGAGCUGUUGAACAUAAGAAUCAAGUGGUGGGGAUGAUUAGAACCCUGGUGUUUCACAUUGGUAAAGCUCCUAAAGGAGACCGAACUGAUUGGGUAAUGCAUGAAUUCAGACUUGAAGACAAAGACUUAGCUGACAAAGGCAUUGCACAGAAUUCCUACGUGAUUUGUAGGGUAUUUCAAAAGGAGGGUCCUGGUCCCAGGAAUGGUGCACAGUAUGGUAAACCAUUUAAUGAAAAAGACUGGGAUAGUGAAGAGGAAAUUGAUUAUUUACAAUCUUUCCCUGCUGCUGCUGUGUCUGUUCCAGCUCCAAUUCCGCCUAGCUCAAGCCAUAUUUCCGUAGCAAAUGACACACAUCCCUCGACAAGUGGAUGCAUUGCAACAAACUCUUUAUCAUGUCUAUCAAGAUUAAUGCCCUCUGGCUUGCUGCACCCUUCAGCUCCAAGCAAUCAAGUCGAUGAUGACAUUUUAUCCAUGCUUGCUAUUUUCAAAGACGAUGAUGCAUUGGCAGCGAAUGAAAACAAUGGAUCUGAGAAGGUUGAUAAUUCUGGUCAGGCAAACAAUGCUGAAGUCGGACCUUAUUUAGAUCCAAAUGAGAUUUUCGGGGACUUGGGAGAUCUUGAAAGCUUGGUUGGAUUUGAUGAUGGAGAUGGCUUUUCCCAUGGCCAAAGAGAUGAAUAUACUAAAAAUGAAAUGCCUUCUACUGGCGGCGAUGUCUCUUUGUUUUGUGACCCCCAUAAUAAUUACUUGGAGUUGAUUGACCUAGAUGCGCCAUUGUUCUAGCAGACUAAACAUAAUUGGAGUUGGGGCCAAGAUAAGCCGGCUUUGAAAAUUGAAGAAGUGCAGGGAGAAUUUGUUAGAACUAUAGCUGCAAGUACCUAAUAUGGAUUAGAAAAAGGCUAUAAAUUCUCUUUCUAUCGCGGUAUGAAUUUGUCAAUUUGAACAUUGAUUUCUAGAAUAAGCUAACAUGUAAACUGAUGAAUUUGUUGAAAGCUAGAUUGCAGUGAUUUGGUGGAUUA